AUGCUUUCACGAUCGCUUCUCACCGUCCUCGGUGCCCUUGGCUAUCUGAGCCAGGGCGCCAAUGCUGAGAGCCGUGGCAAUGCCGAUACUCGAGAUCUCAGCCGAGGAUAUGACAAAAGUCAACCCACCACUCUUUCGACAGCCAUUGUACCCACAGCGACAGCCAGCCAAGAGACUGGUGUGGGCUUUUGGCCUGCAUACACUCCGACAAGCGGCCAAAUUGUCAACUUCGGCGACAGUCUGAACAUCACCUGGGGCUAUGACCCUCGCUGGGACGGCAAACUCACCAUCACGCUUAUUGGGGGCGCCGCACAAGCCGAGCAGAUCCCUCUCGGUGUCAUCGCCGGUAAGUCCCUCGUUGCAGCUAGCCAGGAAUUACAGGAUGCUGACCGCGAUCUAGAGCACGUGGAGAACAAGCAAGGUUACUACCUUUGGGAUGUCACGAAUGAAUUUGUUGGAAAGCAAGCAGUUUAUGGGUUCAGUGUUUUGUACCAGGACGGCAAGACGCAGCAGUAUUCAAUGCCUUUUCACAUUGUUUGA